UCAGCAAGAUGGACGCGACGAUACACCCUCGGCUGGUCGCCAGACACAACAUACACGCGUUCCCUAGCUUACUGCUCUAUAUCAAUGGCGACAUAGACAACCCCUCUCACUACCAGGGUCCACGGGAAGCGGUGGAUGUUAUUGAUUGGACUCUAGAGACGGCGGCAAAUCCGCCCUUGUCGUCGUUCUAUGGGUUUGCACAGAACCCAAGGUAUCUGAGGUUCAGAUAUGACAUCUCGUACAGGAUAGGGGAUGUGGUCCAUCUGACCACUGAUGAACGGGAGAUGCCCCAUCUGGGUGUGAUUGUGGGAUGGGACUACACAAUGCAAGCUCCGGCUGUCUCGUCGGAGAACAAGCUGAAGCCACAUUACCGGGUGUUAUGGGACACCUCAAAGGGGCAGGCAAUACCUGAAGAUACUAAUUCUAAUUUGGGUGAGCAUAGUAGCCCUAACGUGAAUUAUCUCUGUCAAGAUGACCUCGAUCUGUACAUUGGCCGCGUGACGACCAUCGAACAUCCUCUGCUGGAAAAACACUUCUAUUCCAAGUUUAAAAUGAAUCGGCUUUUGCCGAAGAGUUGGCUGCACUCUCAGUAUCCCGAUGACGUCAAAUUCUGA